CAUUCCUUCAUUUCCUUCAUUUCUUUCAUUUCUUCAUUCUUCAUUUUCACUUCUUUUUUUUAUUUUUUUAUUUUUUUUAUAGACUACUAUUUUACGAUAAUAAUGGAGCUCUCAAAACCCAAGGUGCUUGUUUAUGGAUCAAUCAACAUUGAUGAUUUUUAUGUGGUGCCUCAUAUCGUUCGAUCUGGUGAGACUAUCUCUUCUACUUCACACUCUGUGAGUGCUGGAGGCAAAGGCGCAAACCAAUCGGUUGCUCUUGGAAGAGCUGGAGCUAAUGUUUAUCACGCAGGGAAGAUUGGAAAGGACGGAGAAUGGGUCCGCACGAUCAUGGAGAAGGCUGGUGUAGAUACUAAAUACAUCAUGGUUUCAGAAAAGGAGGUGACUGGAAGGGCCAUUAUUCAACUAAGCGAGGAAUCACACGAUAACUCUAUCGUGUUAUUCCCUGGAACAAACAAAACUGUAACAUUAGAAGAGGCUCGCCAUGUGUUGAACAAGUUUGAAGAAGGCGAUUGGAUCGUUAUGCAGAAUGAAAUGAGCAGCGGAGGCGAGAUCAUGCGUGCAGCCAAAGAGCGAGGAAUGACAAUCUGCUUUAAUCCCUCGCCCAUGACCGCUAAACUUCCAAAGGAAUAUCCCUUACAUCUCGUCGACUACCUCUUGAUCAAUGAAAUUGAGGCUCAAGGCCUUCACUCAUUCUUGACCAGCGGUAACGACGCUGACUCGAUCUCGUCUUCAACCCACAUCACUCCUGCGCAAUGUUUCCCAGUGUUGGAAAAGGCAUACGAACAAAUCAGCGGCAUCAUUAUCACGCUUGGUAGUGACGGCCUCGUUGCUAGGUUUCGUAUCAAUGAAGAGGAUGAAAAAAUGAAGGAGUUCCGAAUGGGUGUCAUCAAGGGCGACGUUGUGAAUACGACUGGCGCUGGAGAUUCAUUUACGGGCUACUUCGUCGCGAAUCUUGUCCGCAACCAAGUUCAAGGCAAGCGCUUCAGCGAAGAACAAUUACAAGCAGCGCUGCAUGAGGCGAGCCAUGCGGCCUCAUUGGCAGUCGGUAAAGAAGGUGCUAUGGAUGCUAUUCCCAUCAAAGAUGAUGUUGACUUGGCUAUCAAGACCAAGCCAAAACAGGACUAAACAUAGGCUGUCCGAACGAAUAAAACUUGAUUUGAAAAUCUUCCUUUUUGCAAUAGUAUGGGAAGCUGCUGCGGAAGAGGUGUUCAAAGGGAGCCGUUGUUAUUGUUAUUGCUUUACCUCUGGAUGCCAGUCAUGCCCAAGUGUGGUUAAAGUCUCGUAUCACAUUGUGUAGGAGCAGGAAUAGAGCCUUUAUGGAGCCAAAAGGAGCCGCACAUAUUCUUAAUAAUAUUAAAGCUGG